AUGGUAAUUGGCCAAUUAAAUGGUAACUUAUACUAAGAGUACAUACUCACGUAAAGCAAAAAGAGCAAAAUAACUACAAUGAUAAUCACGCACAUAUAAAAAACAGCUAUGUAUGUUGAAGAUGUAGAAUAUUUCACUAUAUUAGGAUAUAUCAUAAAAAAUGAAAGAAAUGUUUCAAUUCCUUUCUAAGUGUUACUAGAGUUCCAAUAUGUGGCAUUUAUAUCAGUAAAUGAGAAAAAAAUUAUUUAAAAGAAUUCUAUAAUUGUUAGAACAGCAUUAAAAAAAAAUGAAUUUUCUUCUAAUCUAAGUAGCUGA